CUCCGUUUCUCGCGACACUGUGCGUCGCUUCGCGGUGCUUUGAUCACUAGAAGAGGACGUAAUAAUUUAUGUUGUGUACGCAAAGACAGUUCCUUGCAAUUGUUUUUUAUUAUGCUAGUUUUAUUUUAUUGUUAUUCGAGAUGUUUGUGCGUUUAAACUUUAAGAUUAGCAUGAUUUCCAUGCAAUAGUGCAACAGGCUAUAAAAAAUUGAAAAGGGUCCGUGUAAACAAGAGAACAUUGAGAUUACAAGAUGCCUACAGACUCGGAAUGUGAUUGCGAUUUGGUGUCGAAAGAGUGGCUGCUAGCUAAGCUACGUUCGGACGAGAGAGACACGAUAUUGAUAGAUUGUCGCGGGUCUAAUGAUUAUGCUGUAUCGCAUAUACGUUCAGCUGUGAAUUUUUCAAUACCAAGCAUUAUGCUACGACGGCUUGCUGCGGGGAAAAUUGAGCUGGCGUCUACAGUACAAUGUAAAGAAUUGAAAGCCAAAAUCGCUCAGUGUCGUACGCGAGGUAUAUUUGUUUUGUAUGGAGAUGGUACCUCCAAAGAUCCGGAUUCUAUUCAUGGAAUCCUUCUGAAGAGGCUGAAACAAGACGGUGUGAAUGUGGUUUGCCUGGAAGGUGACUUUGAGGAUUUCCACUGUUCAUAUCCCGAGUGGUGCAGCGAAGCAGGCGCGCUUCACGUACCACAUCUGCCCCUAAUGGGUCUGCGGUCGCUUCGUAUCUCCGGAUCGGGUUGCGAGGAGGCGCUCUCGUCGGGCUCGUCGUCUGAAUGUGACGAGUCUCACGCGCACGUGCCGCAGGAGUUCCCCAUAGAGAUCCUGCCCAACCUUUACCUCGGCAACUCGACCAACAGCGAGGACUGCGACGCGCUCGCCAGGCAUAACAUUAAGUACGUGCUGAACGUGACGCCCGACCUGCCGAACACUUUUGAGGCUGAGGGUUGCGGCAUCAACUACCUGAAGAUACCCAUCGCCGACCACUGGAGUCAGAACCUGGCCGUUCACUUCCCGCAAGCCAUACGAUUCAUUGAGGAGGCGAUGUCAGCUAGGUGCGGUGUUCUGGUGCACUGCGUGGCGGGCGUGUCCCGCUCGGUGACGGUGACGCUCGCGUACCUGAUGCAGCGGCACCGACUCAGCUUGAGGGACGCGUUCGAACUGGUCCGCAGCCGCAAGACCGACAUCGCGCCCAACUUCCACUUCAUGCGGCAGCUGCACUCGUUCGAGCGCGACCUCGGCCUGCACGAGCACUCCGCCAGCCUGAGUAAGGUGCUGGAGGAGCUGGGCGUGCGUGAGAUGCGCGCGCCCGACUCGGGCGUGGGGGCGGAGAGCGCGCGUGGCGGGGGCGGGGGCGGGGCGCGGGGGGCGCGCGGGCACCGCGGCGGCGCGGGGGCGGGGGCGGGCGCGGGCGCGGGGGGCGCGGUGGGCGCGUCGCCCGACUCCGGUAUAGAGUUCGACCGGUGGAGCGCGGCGCGGGACACGCCGCAAUGACAGUUCUUCUCGCAGCGGCCGCACUCCCCCGCCUGAAGCACCGCCCGCCUCCACCCGCCCAUACAGACUAUACUAUCGACCGAGAAUUCGAUCUGACGUCGGCGUCGAGGAGCGCGACGGACGAAUCUAGUCCGCGGCGAACGCUAUCGACGAUCAG